CGGUGGGCUGUGUCACGACCCGAGGUGAGCACGUCUCGCUGGGUUUUCCGUGGCGAGCUGUCUCGGUGCUCGGAAGAAGUUGCCACAGGACGAAAGGCAGGCUCCAGAGUCAGCAUGAACUGAAAGCAGGAAAAAAAACGGUUUGGAAGCGUACUCAGCCCCCUGCCACCCUCCGCAUCUCUCUCACCCUGGUCCUGGUUUGACAUAAGAGUGAGAUUCACCAGACUCCUCUAAGAUGUCUUACAGGAAAGAACUGGAAAAAUACCGAGACCUGGAUGAAGAGGAGAUCCUUGCAGCUCUGACAGAGGAGGAGCUCACCAAGUUAGAGAAUGAGCUGGAAGAGCUGGAUCCGGAUAAUGCAUUGCUGCCAGCUGGCCUCAGGCAGCGGGAUCAGACCCAAAAGCCACCAACUGGUCCAUUCAAGAGAGAGGAACUCAUGGCUCACCUAGAAAAGCAGGCAAAGGAUGUUAAAGACAGAGAAGACUUGGUUCCUUUCACUGGUGAAAAGAGAGGAAAAAUUUGGAUCCCCAAGCAGAAGCCAAUGGAUCCUGUUUUGGAAAGUGUGACUCUGGAGCCGGAACUGGAGGAAGCCCUUGCUAAUGCCUCUGAUGCAGAGCUCUGUGACAUUGCUGCCAUCCUUGGUAUGCACACCUUGAUGAGCAACCAGCAGUACUAUGAGGCACUGGGGAGCAGCACCAUUGUCAACAAAGAAGGGCUCAACAGUGUGAUUAAACCCACACAGUACAAACCAGUUCCAGAUGAGGAACCAAACUCAACUGAUGUGGAGGAAACUCUGAAACGAAUACAGAGCAAUGACCCUGACCUUGAAGAAGUCAACCUUAAUAAUAUCAUGAAUAUUCCCAUACCAACUUUGAAAGCAUUUGCAGAAGCACUGAAAAACAACACCUAUGUGAAGAAGUUCAGUAUAGUGGGGACACGGAGCAAUGACCCUGUUGCUUUUGCACUGGCAGAAAUGUUGAAGGUCAAUAAUACAUUGAAGAGCCUGAAUGUGGAGUCCAACUUCAUUUCUGGGUCGGGGAUCCUGGCUGUGGUUGAAGCUCUCCAGGCCAACACGUCACUAGUAGAGUUGCGCAUCGACAACCAGAGCCAGCCCUUGGGCAACCAAGUGGAAAUGGAGAUAGCAAACAUGUUGGAGAAGAACACCACCCUGCUGAAGUUUGGGUACCAUUUUACACAGCAAGGCCCCCGGCUCCGUGCCUCCAAUGCCAUGAUGAAUAACAAUGACCUAGUGAGGAAGAGGAGACUUGCAGAACUGAAUGGGCCUAUUUUCCCCAAGUGCAGAACUGGAGUCUAGCUGCUGGCCAUGGUGUGUGUUGGGGUAAUUUCCAGUGAUCUGUGUGCUGCACUGUGGAAAUCCAGAGGCAGUAAGUGCCUUGACAAGAGUAUUUGUGGUGCCUCCAUUCUGUUUGAUGCACUAAGGGUUGUUUAAAUUAACUAGUGGCUGUAGCUGAGGAUUUUAUCCAGUAGAAGUUGUAGAGUUGGAAACUAUUCAAGCCAGUAACUACCUGCCCGUUUUAGAAUACAUCCCAGUGUAAAAUUGACUUCAUUAACCUGGGACCUUUUUUUCUAUACACUUCCUGCAGUUAGGAUGUGGUCUGCACAAGUGAGUGAAAAAUAGCAACUGUUCCACAUAAAUUAGAGAAGUGUUUAAAAAUUUUUAAAAAAGGUUUUCUUUUUUUUCUUUUCCUCCUUCAAAUUGGUCUCAACUAACUUAGAGGAACACCUACUUUAACAAGCACUUCUACUACCUGGAAACAUGGUGAUUUCAGUAACUGUGAAUUACAAUCAUUAUUAUUAUUGCUUGUUGGUUGGUUUUGGUGGGUUUCGAUUUUUGUUCUUGUUUAAACCAACAUUUGCUGAGUCACUCACUUAGUUGGGGAUACUGUUUCAGAAGCAUCCUUGUGUCUGUUAAAAAAAAAAAAAAAAAAAAAAAACAAGAGCAAACAAAAACCUCAUCUCCACUCCCUGAUGACGUGGAACUUAAGGCCACCAAUUAUAAAGCAGAGUCUGAAAAGUUGAGAGGUUUAGGAUGGGUUAACAUCUCCUCUGCCUGAGGCAUGCUGGAGGAAAAAUAGUGACCUUCAGAGAUGUGAUGCAAAUCCUGACCCCACAGAGAUGGCCAAACUCAUUGGCAAAAGAGAAACCUCUUAGCCCCCCACUCCCUUCAGUCUCCUGAUGUUAAAAGCAUUUGUGCCCAGAUACUCACUGGAAGCAAGUCAAGUUCUCUCUCUUCACUGUUUUGUCUAGAUAACCAAGCCCAUUAAUUAAAUCCUGUUCAAAUGGGGAUUGUUCCUUUUACUGCUUGUCCCUGAGGUCUGCAGAACAGCCAACAAUAAAUGUUGUGCCCUAGAAAAGCUGUGAAGGGAAAUAGCCUCAACUGGCACAGCCUGACAGGGUUUUGUCAGACAGCCUUCUGAGAGGGACUCUCCACAGGCUUGUUUAGCUCCCAGACAUGCAGUGGAUUGGACCCAGCACUAUUCCAUACAGAAUUCCCAGUAUUAACACCCAGUUGGUGGGAUCAUGCUGGAUAGGAAGACUAUUCUAGCAGCACUGCUGUACUGAAGCCAGAUUCUUGGCCUGAUGACAACAUGGCCCAGAUAAUGGUCUCACUUGCUAAAAUCCUCUUCAGAGUGAAAUUUUUCAGGCUUUUCACAUAUAUCCCAGGUAAAGUCCCACAGAUUUCUUAAGAGCUUGUACACAAAAGCCACUCCAUAAUUUAGCUCAGACCAAGGAAAGCAGAGAAACAUUACUUUCAGUCAUGUGUGAAACAUGUUUGUUGCUCUUCAAAUCUUAAUAAAUGAGCCAGUGGUGUCAAAUAAAA